AUGGAUCAAACAAAUGAGAAAAGAGACAUCCAGUCAGUGUCCGAUUUCUUCGAAGGUAGAUCUGUCUUUCUGACAGGGGCAUCAGGUUUUCUGGGAACGGUUAUACUGGAAACGCUUCUUAGAUGCUGUCCAGGAAUUGCAUCAGUUUACAUUCUUCUACGAUCCAAACGAGGUCUGAUGCCAGCGCAAAGAAAGGAAAUGAUUUUUGAGAAAAAAGUUUUUGCCGUUUUGAAAAAAAGAAGUCCUGAAAUAUUCGAUAAAGUUCAGGUUGUAUCUGGAGAUAUGUCAAAGCCUGAACUGGGAUUGAGUGAUGAAGACUUGCAGUAUAUUACAGAACAAGUCUCCGUUGUUUAUCAUUGUGCAGCGAGCAUAAAUUUAGCGAAGCCAUUAAGGUACACAAUGCAGCAAAAUGUUAGUAGUACCGAAACCAUAAUCGAUCUGUGUCGAAAGAUGAAGAGAUUUUGUGUUCUAGUGUAUACAUCAUCAUCUUACUCUAACAGCCACGUUGAUUUACCAAUAAAAGAAGAGAUUUAUAGGCUUCCUUUUCCUGUACAGACAUUCCUCAGUGCCUUAAAGGAGCAAGACGACAAUAAACUUCUGGAAUUGGUUUCACAAUAUAAAUCUGAUUGGCCCGAUUGGUAUUGUUUAAGCAAAUGUAUAUCCGAAAAUAUCCUUCAAUAUAUGGCGGCAGAUCUGUCAGUCGCCAUCAUUCGUCCGUCUAUUAUUGGAAGUACAUGGAAAAACCCGAUACCAACGGGUGAAGGUUUAAUCAAAUUUUUGAUUGGCGAUGAAAAUAGGAUAAUAAAUGUUAUACCCGCCGACGUUGUGGCGAAUAUGCACCUUAUAGCUGCAUGGAGCAUUGGUACCAAAAAGUGA